UGGUUUGCUUUAGAUUAUUAACAAUUCAUUAUGUUUCUGAUUUCUUGUGUUUUGAAACUGUGGUUCACAGAUCAAAAGGAGAAAGCAAAGUUUCUUCCCCCCACAGUACAAGCAGGUAAAACAGUGAUGAAUAAAGCAAGAGAGGAGGACAAGCCAGAGAGGGAUGGAGGAGAAAAGAAGGAUGAGACAGCAAAGCCAGGUAAAGGGACCGAACACACAGGAGCAACAAAGAAGAAACAGAAGCCUAAGAAAAGAGUAAAAGAGGAAGAGAUGGACGGAGAAGGUGGAGCAGUGGUAGGAAUGAAGAGACCUAAAUGGGAGAAGACUGGAAGUGAUGAAGAUGGACAGACUGCAAAAGAAAAGGUUAUGGAGAAAAGCAAAAAAGAGGGAAUGAGGGAUGAUGAGGCCCAGCGGCCAACAGCCAAUAAGUAUGAGAUAGUAGAGGCCGUGUUGGAGUCUUCUAUAUCCACUCUAAUAGAGGACACCAAAGCCAUGCUGUCUGAGGUGGAAUCAAUGCAAGCCAGUAUAGAUCGGAAGACUUGCAGAGCCGAGCAGGAGAAAGAGAAGGGUGAGACGAAAGAGUGCAGCUCAGUUCCAUCUGCACUGGACAAAGAGAGCAUGAAAGAGAUGAAGAACAGACCGGAGUGUAAGGAAGAAGAGAGAGAAGAGGAGAACGACAGUGGCUCAGACGAAUAUGUAGUGUGGGUGCAGUGUAGCAGGGCUGAUUGUGGUAAAUGGAGGAAACUGAGUGAAGAUGUCGAUCCUUCAGUGCUGCCUGAUGACUGGAUGUGUGAGAAUAACCCAGACCCAGCUUUCUGCAGUUGUUCAGUUCCAGAAGAGCAGUCUAGUUCUAGCGAGGAGGAAAUAUUCUUUUGCAGCCUUGUACCUGGAUCACUGGUCUGGGCCUGGCAGAGUGGACACCCCUGGUGGCCUGCGAUGAUCGAGAGAGAUCCUGACACAAACAACUACCUUGAGUUCCGCAAGAAAACUGACCUCAUUCCUUAUAAGUAUCAUGUGACGUAUUUUGGGGACCCAGUGUGUAUCGACUGGGUUUUCUGCAGCGAUGUGAGGAACUAUGCAGACCUAUCGGAGGAUGAAGUUUUCGAUAUGUUGGAGCAGCCAGAGUUAAAGAAGAAACUGAAAGAUGCCAUUUGCAUGUCCAAGCAAGCCCUCAAGCUGUCGCCACAGAUGCGGCUGAUGGAGUUUGGGUUCUGGAGUCGUUAUGACUCAGACAGAGAGAGCUCGGAGGAGGACAGUGACAUUGCAGACGUUUUAGAGCUUUUCGGUGGAAAGAGUGGAAAAUACUCUGACGAUGAGAAUCUGUGGCCUAAAAAGCUAAAGAGAUGCCUGAAGAAAGGAGAGGAGAAGCAACGAAGGAGAGAGAAGAGUGAAAGUAAAAAGAGGGCCAAAGAAAUGAAUGGGGAGAAAAAGGAAAACAAGAGUGAGCGUGAGAGCGGAAAGAGCGUGAAGAGGAUGCAGAACGGAAAAAUAGGGGUGGAGAGCGCAAGAAAUUCAGAGGAAGGCGGAUUGAAAGUCAACAAACAGAAAGAUAUGGAGAAGAAGUGUUUCACUCCCUCGUUCUCUCUGCCAAAGAAGAAUAAACCAGCCCACAAAGCAGAUGCAGAAAAGCAGCAGGUUCAGGACCAGACAGUUCCUCAGGGCGCCAUGGAAACAACCCCUGACAUCAGACAUCCUAAAGGGGACAUGAAGACCAAAGUUAAAGUGGAAAAGAGGGAUGAAGAAGAGGACAAAGAACGGAAGAAAAAGAAGAUUAACAGAAAGGAGAAUAACAAGGAGAAGCAGAGCAGACGGAAGGUGAAGAGAUGGGAGGAGGACUUCAGCGAUGAAGAGGAUGAGGAGGACGGUGAUGAUGAAGGUGGUUUCCUGGAUACGGAUAUGGAGAUUCUGGGCUGCAGAAGAAAAGAGCUAAAGCGUCUGUCCUGCAGAGAGGAAGAGGAGGAUGAAGAGGAAGAGGAAGAGCAGACUGACUUCUCCCUCAUGCUGUUGGAAGAGGAGUAGCGGUGACUUUAGUUAAAAACAAAAACACACAAAAUCUCUUUACACAUUGAUCAGUUCUCUGUCGAGCUGUUCAGGUAGGAGUGGAGGACGCUGUAGACGAGCCUGCAGUAGAGAAAACUGUUUACAAGUCUUUAAUAUGGGCUGCUGGUGUUUUUGUGAUCUAGCUGCCUUUGGAUUUUCCGUGGUUUUUGGCUGGUUGAGUUCUCUGUGUCCUUCCGCUGAAGCACAGUCAUGUUUAACAGUGUUUCUGCGUUGUUCUUUGGUGUUUUCUGUUUUGUUUCUAUUUUUAAUUGAUUUUUCAGAUUUCUGAAAGUUAAAUGUUGGCGUAUUGAUGAACUAUAUAAAUUAAUAUUAUAUGUUUAUAUACGUAGAAUGAGUUUUGUUAUUACAACCAAAUA